ACCCUCCCGCGAUAACCCGCAGCUUCUCCUCGGCCCCGAGGUCCCGGAGUCUGAGCCGAGUUAUCGGCCGCCUCCACCUCCUCGGCCACCCUUCAUUUGCGGAGGGCCAGAGCCGCGAAAGGUGUUUGCCUGCAGAAAUCGCUUCCAAGUUAUGCAAUGGUCUCUGCAAGAUGGUUUAUUCUUGAAUUGGAGCUUUUUAAGACUGACAAAUGCUGGUACUUCAUCUUCUAUAAGUGGACUAUAAUUUCUUUUCUCAAGACAACUACAUAAGCAGACAAAAUUGCAAAGAUCUGUCCUGUGUCGAGUAUGACAGCCACGACUCGUGGCUCUCCAGUUGGAGGGAAUGACAACCAGGGCCAGGCUCCUGAUGGCCAGUCUCAGCCCCCCCUCCAACAGAAUCAGACUUCAUCGCCUGAUUCUUCCAAUGAAAAUUCCCCGGCAACUCCCCCAGAUGAACAAGGGCGAGGUGAUGCCCCACCACAGAUUGAAGAUGAGGAACCUGCAUUUCCACAUACUGACUUGGCAAAGUUGGAUGAUAUGAUCAAUAGGCCUCGAUGGGUGGUUCCAGUUUUGCCAAAAGGGGAAUUAGAAGUACUUUUAGAAGCUGCUAUUGAUCUUAGUAAGAAAGGCCUUGAUGUUAAAAGUGAAGCAUGUCAGCGAUUUUUUCGAGAUGGGCUAACAAUAUCAUUCACUAAAAUCCUUACAGAUGAAGCAGUGAGUGGCUGGAAGUUUGAAAUUCAUAGAUGUAUUAUUAACAAUACUCAUCGGCUAGUGGAGUUAUGUGUGGCCAAACUGUCCCAAGACUGGUUUCCACUUCUAGAACUUCUUGCCAUGGCCUUAAAUCCUCAUUGCAAAUUUCAUAUCUACAAUGGUACACGCCCAUGUGAAUCAGUUUCCUCAAGUGUUCAGUUGCCUGAAGAUGAACUCUUUGCUCGUUCUCCAGACCCUCGAUCACCAAAAGGUUGGCUAGUGGAUCUUCUUAACAAAUUUGGCACUUUAAAUGGGUUCCAGAUAUUGCAUGAUCGAUUUAUUAAUGGAUCAGCAUUAAACGUCCAAAUAAUUGCAGCCCUUAUUAAACCCUUUGGACAAUGCUAUGAGUUUCUCACUCUUCAUACAGUGAAAAAGUACUUUCUUCCAAUAAUAGAAAUGGUUCCACAGUUUUUAGAAAACUUAACUGAUGAAGAACUGAAGAAAGAAGCAAAGAAUGAAGCCAAAAAUGAUGCCCUUUCCAUGAUCAUUAAAUCUUUGAAGAAUUUAGCUUCAAGGGUUCCAGGACAAGAAGACACUGUAAAAAACUUAGAAAUAUUUAGGUUAAAAAUGAUACUUAGAUUACUACAAAUUUCUUCUUUCAAUGGGAAGAUGAAUGCAUUGAAUGAAGUUAAUAAGGUGAUUUCUAGUGUAUCAUACUACACCCAUCGGCAUGGUAAUCCUGAGGAGGAAGAGUGGCUCACAGCUGAACGAAUGGCAGAAUGGAUACAGCAGAACAAUAUUUUAUCUAUAGUCUUGCGAGAUAGUCUUCAUCAGCCACAGUAUGUAGAGAAGCUAGAGAAGAUUCUUCGUUUUGUCAUCAAAGAAAAAGCUCUGACCUUGCAAGAUCUUGAUAAUAUCUGGGCAGCACAGGCAGGGAAACAUGAAGCCAUUGUGAAGAAUGUACAUGAUCUACUGGCAAAAUUGGCAUGGGAUUUUUCACCUGAACAACUUGAUCAUCUUUUUGAUUGCUUUAAGGCUAGUUGGACAAACGCAAGUAAAAAGCAACGUGAAAAGCUACUUGAGCUGAUUCGUCGUCUUGCAGAAGAUGAUAAAGAUGGUGUGAUGGCACACAAAGUGUUGAACCUUCUGUGGAAUCUAGCCCACAGCGAUGAUGUGCCUGUAGAUAUCAUGGACCUGGCUCUUAGUGCCCACAUAAAAAUACUAGAUUAUAGUUGCUCCCAGGACCGUGACACACAAAAGAUCCAGUGGAUAGAUCGCUUUAUAGAAGAACUUCGCACAAAUGACAAAUGGGUUAUUCCUGCACUGAAGCAAAUUAGAGAAAUUUGUAGUUUGUUUGGUGAAGCACCUCAAAAUUUGAGUUCUUCUCGUUUCAGUCAAACUCAGCGAAGUCCUCACGUAUUUUAUCGUCAUGACUUAAUCAAUCAACUUCAGCACAAUCAUGCCCUAGUUACUUUGGUAGCAGAAAACCUUGCAACUUACAUGGAAAGCAUGAGACUGUACGCUAGAGACCACGAAGACUAUGACCCACAAACUGUGAGGCUGGGAAGUAGAUAUAGUCAUGUUCAAGAAGUCCAAGAACGGCUUAACUUCCUUAGAUUUUUAUUGAAGGAUGGCCAACUGUGGCUAUGUGCCCCUCAGGCAAAACAAAUAUGGAAAUGCUUAGCUGAGAAUGCAGUUUACCUUUGUGAUCGCGAAGCCUGUUUUAAAUGGUAUUCCAAAUUGAUGGGGGAUGAACCAGACUUAGAUCCUGAUAUUAAUAAGGACUUCUUUGAAAGUAAUGUGCUUCAGCUUGAUCCUUCCCUAUUAACUGAAAAUGGAAUGAAAUGUUUUGAGCGAUUCUUCAAAGCUGUGAAUUGUCGAGAAGGAAAACUAGUAGCGAAAAGAAGAGCCUAUAUGAUGGAUGAUUUGGAAUUGAUAGGAUUAGACUAUCUUUGGAGGGUCGUGAUUCAGAGUAAUGAUGAUAUUGCCAGCAGAGCUAUAGAUCUCCUUAAAGAGAUAUAUACGAACCUUGGUCCAAGGCUGCAGGUCAAUCAGGUGGUGAUCCACGAAGACUUCAUUCAGUCUUGCUUUGAUCGUUUGAAAGCCUCUUAUGACACAUUGUGUGUUUUGGAUGGUGACAAAGACAGUAUUAAUUGUGCAAGACAGGAAGCUGUUCGAAUGGUUCGAGUAUUAACUGUUUUAAGAGAAUAUAUAAAUGAAUGUGACAGCGAUUAUCAUGAAGAAAGAACCAUUCUACCUAUGUCAAGAGCUUUCCGCGGUAAACACCUCUCUUUUAUAGUUCGAUUUCCAAACCAGGGCAGACAGGUAGAUGACUUGGAAGUAUGGUCUCAUACAAAUGAUACAAUUGGUUCAGUUCGACGAUGUAUUCUUAACCGCAUUAAAGCCAAUGUUGCCCAUACAAAAAUUGAGCUGUUUGUGGGUGGAGAGUUGAUAGAUCCUGGGGAUGAUAGAAAGCUGAUUGGACAACUAAACCUGAAAGAUAAAUCGCUAAUUACAGCCAAACUUACACAGAUCAGUUCCAAUAUGCCUUCAAGCCCUGAUAGCUCGUCUGAUUCUUCAACUGGAUCUCCUGGAAACCAUGGUAAUCAUUAUAGUGAUGGUCCUAAUCCUGAAGUGGAAAGCUGUUUACCUGGAGUGAUAAUGUCACUGCAUCCCAGAUACAUCUCUUUCCUUUGGCAAGUUGCAGACUUAGGUAGCAGCCUAAAUAUGCCACCUCUUAGAGAUGGAGCAAGAGUGCUUAUGAAACUUAUGCCACCAGAUAGCACAACAAUAGAAAAAUUAAGAGCUAUUUGUUUAGACCAUGCCAAACUUGGAGAAAGCAGCCUUAGCCCAUCUCUUGACUCGCUUUUCUUUGGUCCUUCAGCCUCACAAGUGCUAUACCUAACAGAGGUAGUCUAUGCCUUGUUAAUGCCUGCUGGUGCACCUCUGGCAGAUGAUUCCUCUGAUUUUCAGUUUCACUUCUUGAAAAGUGGUGGCCUACCCCUUGUCCUGAGUAUGCUAACCAGAAAUAACUUCCUACCAAAUGCAGAUAUGGAAACUCGAAGGGGUGCCUACCUCAAUGCUCUUAAAAUAGCCAAACUGUUCCUAACUGCCAUUGGCUAUGGCCACGUUCGGGCCGUGGCAGAAGCUUGUCAGCCAGGUGUAGAAGGCGUGAAUCCCAUGACACCGGUCAAUCAAGUUACUCAUGAUCAAGCAGUGGUGCUACAAAGUGCCCUUCAGAGCAUUCCUAACCCGUCAUCUGAGUGUAUGCUUAGAAAUGUGUCAGUUCGUCUUGCUCAGCAGAUAUCUGAUGAGGCUUCAAGAUACAUGCCUGAUAUUUGUGUGAUUAGAGCGAUACAGAAAAUUAUCUGGUCAUCAGGAUGUGGGGCAUUACAGCUAGUUUUUAGCCCAAAUGAAGAAAUCACUAAAAUUUAUGAGAAGACCAAUGCAGGCAAUGAGCUGGACUUGGAAGAUGAACAAGUCUGCUGUGAAGCGUUGGAAGUGAUGACAUUGUGUUUUGCUUUGAUUCCAACAGCCUUGGAUGCUCUCAGUAAAGAAAAGGCUUGGCAGACAUUCAUUAUUGACUUACUGUUGCACUGUCACAGCAAAACUGUUCGUCAGGUGGCACAGGAGCAGUUCUUUUUAAUGUGCACCAGAUGUUGCAUGGGACACAGGCCUCUGCUUUUCUUCAUUACUCUGCUCUUUACCGUUUUGGGGAGCACAGCUAAAGAAAGAGCUAAACAUUCAGGGGACUACUUCACUCUCUUAAGGCACCUUCUUAAUUAUGCUUACAACAGCAAUAUUAAUGUACCCAAUGCUGAAGUUCUUCUUAAUAAUGAAAUUGAUUGGCUUAAAAGAAUUAGGGAUGAUGUUAAAAGAACAGGUGAAACGGGUGUGGAAGAGACGAUCUUGGAAGGCCACCUUGGGGUAACAAAAGAGUUACUGGCCUUUCAAACUCCUGAGAAGAAGUUUCAUAUUGGUUGUGAAAAAGGAGGUGCUAAUCUCAUUAAAGAAUUAAUUGAUGAUUUCAUCUUCCCUGCAUCCAAUGUUUACCUGCAGUAUAUGAGAAAUGGAGAGCUCCCAGCCGAACAGGCUAUCCCAGUCUGUAGUUCACCAGCUACAAUUAAUGCUGGUUUUGAGUUACUUGUGGCCUUGGCUGUUGGCUGUGUGAGGAAUCUCAAACAGAUAGUGGAUUCUUUGACUGAAAUGUAUUAUAUUGGCACAGCAAUAACUACUUGUGAAGCACUUACUGAGUGGGAAUAUCUGCCACCUGUUGGACCCCGCCCACCAAAAGGAUUUGUGGGACUGAAAAAUGCUGGUGCUACUUGUUACAUGAAUUCUGUGAUUCAACAACUCUACAUGAUUCCCUCCAUCAGGAAUGGUAUUCUUGCAAUUGAAGGCACAGGUAGUGAUGUAGAUGAUGAUAUGUCUGGGGAUGAGAAGCAGGACAAUGAGAGCAAUGUUGAUCCCAGGGAUGAUGUAUUUGGAUACCCUCAACAGUUUGAAGACAAACCAGCAUUAAAUAAAACAGAAGAUAGGAAAGAGUAUAAUAUUGGUGUCUUAAGACACCUUCAGGUCAUCUUUGGCCAUUUAGCGGCUUCUCGACUGCAAUACUACGUGCCCAGAGGAUUUUGGAAACAGUUCAGGCUUUGGGGUGAGCCUGUUAACCUCCGUGAACAACAUGAUGCUUUAGAAUUUUUUAAUUCAUUGGUGGAUAGUUUAGAUGAAGCUUUAAAAGCCUUAGGACAUCCAGCUAUGCUCAGUAAAGUCUUAGGAGGCUCCUUUGCUGAUCAGAAGAUUUGCCAAGGCUGCCCACAUAGGUAUGAAUGUGAAGAAUCUUUUACGACUCUGAAUGUAGACAUUAGAAAUCACCAAAACCUUCUUGAUUCUUUGGAACAGUAUGUCAAAGGAGAUUUAUUGGAAGGUGCAAAUGCAUAUCAUUGUGAAAAAUGCAAUAAAAAGGUUGAUACUGUAAAGCGCUUGCUAAUUAAAAAAUUACCUCCUGUUCUUGCUAUCCAACUCAAACGAUUUGACUAUGACUGGGAAAGAGAAUGUGCAAUCAAGUUCAAUGAUUAUUUCGAAUUUCCCCGAGAGCUGGACAUGGAACCUUACACAGUUGCAGGAGUUGCUAAGCUGGAAGGAGAUAAUGUAACCCCUGAGAGUCAGUUGAUACAACAGAAUGAGCAGUCUGAAAGCGAGACAGCAGGAAGCACAAAGUACAGACUUGUGGGUGUGCUUGUACACAGUGGUCAAGCAAGUGGAGGACACUAUUACUCUUACAUCAUUCAGAGGAAUGGUGGAGAUGGUGAGAGAAAUCGCUGGUAUAAAUUCGAUGAUGGAGAUGUAACAGAGUGUAAAAUGGAUGAUGAUGAAGAAAUGAAAAACCAGUGUUUUGGUGGAGAGUACAUGGGUGAAGUGUUUGAUCACAUGAUGAAGCGCAUGUCAUACAGGCGCCAGAAAAGGUGGUGGAAUGCUUAUAUACUUUUUUAUGAACGAAUGGACACAAUAGACCAAGACAAUGAGUUGGUAAGAUACAUAUCAGAGCUUGCUGUCACCACAAGGCCCCAUCAGAUUGUUAUGCCAUCGGCCAUUGAGAGAAGUGUACGCAAACAGAAUGUCCAAUUCAUGCAUAACCGAAUGCAGUACAGUCUGGAGUAUUUCCAGUUUAUGAAAAAAUUGCUUACAUGUAAUGGUGUUUACUUAAACCCUCCUCCAGGGCAAGAUCACCUGUUGCCUGAAGCAGAAGAAAUUACUAUGAUUAGUAUUCAACUUGCUGCUAGGUUCCUCUUUACUACAGGAUUUCACACAAAGAAAAUAGUCCGCGGCUCUGCCAGCGAUUGGUAUGAUGCAUUGUGUAUUCUCCUUCGUCACAGCAAGAACGUACGUUUUUGGUUUGCUCAUAAUGUCCUUUUUAAUGUUUCAAAUCGCUUCUCUGAAUACCUUUUGGAAUGCCCUAGUGCAGAAGUGAGAGGUGCAUUUGCAAAACUUAUAGUUUUUAUUGCACACUUUUCCUUGCAAGAUGGACCAUGUCCUUCACCUUUUGCAUCUCCUGGACCUUCUAGUCAGGCUUAUGACAAUUUAAGCUUGAGUGAUCACUUACUAAGAGCAGUCCUAAAUCUCUUAAGAAGGGAAGUUUCAGAACAUGGACGUCAUUUACAGCAGUAUUUCAACUUGUUUGUGAUGUAUGCCAAUUUAGGUGUGGCGGAGAAGACACAGCUGCUGAAACUGAGUGUACCUGCUACCUUUAUGCUUGUGUCUUUAGAUGAAGGCCCAGGCCCUCCGAUCAAGUAUCAGUAUGCCGAGUUAGGCAAAUUAUACUCGGUAGUAUCACAGCUAAUCCGCUGUUGCAAUGUCUCAUCAAGAAUGCAGUCUUCAAUCAAUGGUAAUCCUCCUCUUCCCAAUCCUUUUGGCGAUCCUAACUUAUCACAGCCUAUAAUGCCAAUUCAGCAGAAUGUGGCAGACAUUUUAUUUGUGAGAACAAGUUAUGUGAAGAAAAUUAUCGAAGACUGCAGUAACUCGGAGGAAACUGUCAAAUUACUUCGCUUCUGCUGCUGGGAGAAUCCUCAGUUCUCAUCUACUGUCCUCAGUGAACUUCUCUGGCAGGUUGCUUAUUCCUAUACCUAUGAACUCCGACCCUAUCUGGAUCUACUUUUGCAAAUCUUACUGAUUGAGGAUUCCUGGCAGACUCACAGAAUUCAUAAUGCUCUUAAAGGAAUUCCAGAUGACCGAGAUGGACUAUUUGACACAAUCCAGCGCUCUAAGAAUCACUAUCAAAAAAGAGCAUACCAGUGUAUAAAAUGUAUGGUAGCACUCUUUAGCAAUUGUCCUGUUGCUUACCAAAUCCUACAGGGCAACGGAGAUCUUAAAAGGAAGUGGACCUGGGCAGUGGAAUGGCUUGGAGAUGAACUUGAAAGAAGACCAUACACUGGCAAUCCUCAGUACACUUACAACAACUGGUCUCCUCCAGUCCAAAGCAAUGAAACCUCAAAUGGCUAUUUUUUGGAGAGAUCACAUAGUGCUAGGAUGACACUUGCAAAAGCUUGUGAACUCUGUCCAGAGGAGGUAAAAAAAGCCACCAGUGUGCACCCGAUAGAAAUGGAAGAAAGCAAAGAGCCAGACGACCAAGAUGCCCCAGAUGAGCAUGAGUCACCUCCACCUGAAGAUGCUCCAUUGUACCCCCAUUCACCUGGAUCUCAGUAUCAACAGAAUAACCAUGUGCAUGGACAGCCAUAUACAGGCCCAGCAGCACAUCACAUGAACAACCCUCAGAGAACUGGCCAGCGAGCACAGGAAAACUACGAAAGCAGUGAAGAAGUAUCCCCACCUCAAACCAAGGAUCAGUGAAAUGCACAUAAUAAACUGGUUCCAUCGAGACUGUGCACCCAGGCCUUACAGUCCAACCUUUUUCUGUGUCUGGCUAAUAUUUAAAACUAGAAAAAAUAUUCCUAAUCAACAUGGAGUUGGAGAGUUUAUUCACUGUCUUAUCUGCAGAAAUUUGCUGUCAAUAUAUAACCCGCCUGCAGUGGAAAGUGUAUAGUGUUUUGUAAUAAAUGGCCUGAUGCUAAUGUGUAAAUGGCAAAGGUGUAUAUAGUAUAUUAAUGUUGACUGUUAAUUCUUAAGCAAGAAACUUUUUUCUUGAUGAGACUCACAGAUCUACAAAAACUACAAGUGUUUGCCUGCCUCGUGGCAAUUGGAUCAACUCCUUUACAAAAACAAAAACCAACAGCAACAAAACAGCCCAUUCAUGUCAGCCACACCAAUAGUUUCUUGUUAAUUCUUUGCCACUGGAAUCAAUUUUACUAUGACCAAUGUAAGGCUGGUAACCUUUAAAUUAUUUGGUUGAUGUGGAAAAUUGGUGAUGUAACAUUGUUUCUAGAUCUUUUUCAUUGCCUUUUUAUUCUGAUAUUAGGUUAAUCACUUUGAAGCUAUAGUUAUGCUGUAACAUUUAGCAUGGCUUCACACCAAGUUAGUGUAGCCAAUGAGGACAAAAUUACCAUAAUGACUGCAGCUGUCUUGGAGUGUGGGCUGUAUUGCUCAGCUUUUCCUCCUUACACCUAGAAUAUAAAAUACAAGAUAAGAGAGAGAUAUGACAAACAGGCCGUUUUCAGUUGCACAUAGACUCCUCCCUUCUGUUCAGUUGAGUCUCUGGGUGGGAUGAAGAACACUUAAAUAUCAGUAAUGGGAAUUUAAAACAAAUAUGCAAACAGUUUGCUACGCUAGGAUGCUGGAGCAUAAUAGAAGACUGUAUUUGGUGUGCUUGUUUUGUUUCUUAGAGCUUAUUAGGUGAAUCUUCUACAACUUUCCUUCUGCUGGAUCCCAGUGACAUGGAAGUCGUCAGAAUCCCACAGUACUUGGAGUACCUCUGCACCGAGAUGUCUGGCUGAUUUUCUGCUCAGUCACAAUUUUACUUGAAAGCAAGAAUUGUCCUAGCUCCUUUCAUUAUUCCAAAAAUUUUAACAUUCAAAGCAGGGUCUAAUUAAAAAAGAAACUACUGGUUAGUUAAUUGAGGUAUCACAAUUUCAUAAUAAACAUGAUUAAAGACAAGGAACUCAUCAGUGAAUACUGUAUUUAAAAGAAUUGGUGGCUUGAAUGUGUGUAAUUUUUUGGAACCUGUCUAAAAACCAAAUACCCCCUGCAAACAGAUACAGCCCACCCUAUUCUAUUUAAAUAUUUUGCUGUUUUAUUUUAUAGAAAUUAUUUUGCUGAAUUCACAAAUAGAAUUUGAUUUAAGAACUUUUUGUCCUGUGGUGUGUUUUUUGUUUUUUGGUUACUUUUUUGUCCUUUGUUUUUUUUUUAAGGACUGCAUAUUAAGAUUCUGUGCAUAGCAUGCAUAGGCAUGACACUGCAUUCAGGGUUCCGGGCACACUGAGUGUUGGUGCACAGAAAGACUUGACCUUUGGCCCUUUACUAAAGACUUAGAGAAAACAGGACGUUGACACUGUAAAAGUUUCCUAACAAUCUUGUACUUUUUGUAUGUUUUUUAUAUACAUGUAUAUUUAAUGAGCACAAGCUUGGUUGUAUUUUUUAACAAUUCAGUUAAUGGGAAAAUGUUUUGUCAAAAGGCUACAGUUGGAACUGAAAGCAGAAACAAAAUCAAGCAUUGCGUUAUUUUGUGAUUAAAAGGGCAGAUAUUUAAGCUAAGGCUUUGGGUAUCUUACUUGCAGUACUCGAUAGUCAAUCUAGGUUUCUAGGUUUGCUGUAACAUUAGGAAACUUUGAGCCCAGUUAAGAUUGUUUUUACUUUGUGUUACAUCUGAAUUAUUGUUUCGUUUCUUUGCAAAGCUAGGGAUGGAAAUCAGGGCCUCGGGCAUGCUAGGCAAGCAUUACACCACUGAGCUACAUCCCCAGCCUGAAUCUUGUUUGAGCAAAGGUUUUACAGUUUGCAAUUCCAAUUGGCAGUUUUAAAAGUUCCUCAGUUACAAGCUUCCUCAGCUAGUGAAGUUAGGUUAAUGUUUGUGCAAGUUUUGCUAAUUAUACCAUCUCACUUAUCUGAGAUGUGUUUUUUGUUUUGUUUUCUGCUCUUUAACAAAAGUAUAUAAUGUACUUAAUUUAAAAAGCCAAUGACUUCCUAAAUAAGAAAACACUUGACAUUUUAGUUUGGUUUUUUAUUUUUUUGGUACUGGGGAUCGAACUCAGGUCCUUGCGCUUGCACAGCAGGCGGUGAAACCACUGAGCUAAAUCCCUGGCCAAAAACUUGACAUUUUAAAAGGCUGUGAAUUUUUGUUUGGAGAGAUGCCAACUUUGUUUGCUUUGAAUUCAUAAGCGCCCUAAUGCCGGAUGAAGGCUUGUGAAUCACUUUUCCCUCCACUUGAGAAAGAAUAGUCUUAUAACCAGGAAUGAGGGACAGUGAACAGUUAUUUUUGUUUGUGCAAAUUUUUUUCUAUAUAUAACUCUUAAGCAUUAAUGUAUAACUGAAAUUUUAAGAUGCAUGUUAUUGUAAAAGCAACAUGGUGAUUUUGAGGUCUUUCUGAACAUAAAUGGCACAUUUUUAAUUUCAAGUCUUCAAAGUGCCUAAAUAUUAUUUAAUUCUCCUUCGACUGUUUUUUUUGAGCCAUAUAUUUCCUACUUUAAAUGUUUGUUGCAGAAUCUCACUAUUCUUACUCUGAAAGAAAUAUUCCGGAGUUCUAAACGGCAUGAUUAUUCUAUAGAAGACAGUGGAAUUUGUUAAUGUAGACGGAAGAUAUUUUAGUUGUAAAAUUGUGUGAGCCUGGGCAUUGCCCAGUUGGAGCUAAGUAUUUCAGUGUACAACUCGGUAAAAAACCCUAUUGCUGCUGUUUCUAAGCCCUCCACCAACCAAAAUUUCACGUUUGACAUCAUAGAAGCCAAGAUAAGAACAUAAACAUAUUUGGAUUUUUUUCCUUUUGUUGAUUUUUCUUUCAGUGAUGAUUUCCCAGCUUUUUAUGUCUUUUAGCAACUACACAAAUUUAGAAUUAUUAAAAUGUUUUCUAUUUUUUUCAUGAUUAACUUUUUUUUUUUUUUGGUACUGGGGAUCGAACUUGGGUCUUUGCGCCUGCAUAGCAGGCGGCGAAACCACUGAGCUAAAUCCCCAGCCCUCAUGUUUAACUUUUACUAGUGAAUGGCAAAGUCUUUAAUCCUAGUGGUUAAAAAACAGCUUUUUUUAUUUUCAUUUGAGUUUUGCAGAUGAAAGCAACAAUAUUCAGAUGACAACUUCAGAAUAGUUCUUUCAGGUUUUUAUAAGUAUUUUUCCAGCUUAUGUUCUCCCGUGAACUAUUUUCCUUUGCAGAAUUUUGUGGUUGAUUUGGAUAUUUCCUGCCUUAUUUAGGAUUAUAACCAGAUUUUUAAAAUUGCCUUUCCAUUAGAAGUGCUCCGUUUUGCACUUUAGUUUGAAAGUACUAUAGACAUACUGCCGAGAAAGAAAGUAAGUCAACACCCCCCUUGCCCCAGCUUUUGUGUUACCAAAAAAAAAAAAAAA